UUGAGAGUUGGUUCCCUUGGAAAAGAUAACCUUAGCUAGCACGCUGGCCUGACAAGCGGUGCAAUUACAAAAACUGCUCAGAGGACACUGGGCGGUCCUGGCAGUCAUCGUUUUUGGAGUAUAAUGUUUUGAUGAGAUGCGCACCACUCUGGCCUGCCUUUUGUUACUCCAGCUAGUCAGCAUCUGCAGCAAAGCAGAUGUGACAGCUAACUAGCUAGGUAGCUAGCUGUGGAGCAUCAGCAGCACCGGCUUUGAGGGGAGCGAACAUCACCAUCAGUCUGCGCACCCCGAACAGCCAGUCAACCUCUUUGUUAGUCGUUUCUGUGACGAGACAACCAGUAUAAAGCUACUCCCCACACGUAUCAUUAGAGAGAUGUAUCAGCUCCCAGUGAAUAAUCUCACAAGAAUUAGGAGAGCUAGGAAACAAGUGAAAAAAGCACUUGAAGACAUUGGACUGGAGUACUGCAAGGAGGCAGCAGAGGAGUUUAAAGACUUUUGCCCUAAUGAGCAGUUUGUAAAGGGCACUCUUUGCCUUGAUAUCUGCGCAUGGGAUCCAUCAUUCUCUAAAACACAGGAAUACCGAUCGAAGCCAUUUUGCUGCACAGAGUGCUCAUUUUCUUCCAAAUACUACUCAGGCUACAAGAAUCACUUCCGCAAUGUACAUAGGAAAAUCUUCGAGAGUAAAAUUCUGCUCAACUGUCCAUACUGCACAUUUACUGCAAGCAAGAGAACUUUGGAGACACAUGUUAAAAUAUUCCACAUGCCCACUUCAGUACGGCAGAACUAUGGGAGCUCACAGGGAAUUGCACUGGGAAAGAAGGACAGAACAUAUCUUGACAGGGCCCGACAGGGAGUCGGUGUGGAGAAAGCAAUGUAUUUUUGCAAGAAAUGUACGUUCCGGGACACACUCUACAAUGUUGUGAGAAGGCACAUCUACAGGGAACAUUUUCAACAUAUUGUCUCACCAUAUCUUGGUAUGGUUUCUGAAUCUUCUGUCAAAAAUGGUGCUAAUUCUGUCAAUGGCAACAACAUCCUCUGUAAACGCUGCCAGUUUUCCACUCGUAGUUAUGAGGCUCUAGUACAGCAUGUUAUAGAGUACCACGAGCGCAUCGGUGCUCAAGUCACUACCAUGAUUGGACAUGCUAAUGUUAUUGUGUCCAGACCCCAGUCCUUAGUGGAGGUGUCACAGAAGGCCCCUCUGAUCAUUAACAGGGGCCACACACAUAGAGCUGACCCCAUAGCCCAACCGGUAAUUGGCUAUUUAAAACCAGCAGUUCAUGUUGUUAAAAAUCAGUUGUCUGUAGCAGCCAGUCAGGGGCGUGCCACAGUUCCUGGCAACAGUUCUGUGGCUGAAAAUAAUUCUACCGGUGUAAACACAGCACAGACACAGAAAUGGAAGAUAUGUACAGUUUGCAAUGAGCUUUUUCCUGAAAAUCUCUAUAAUGCUCAUUUUGAAAAGGCACACAAGGCAAAGAAAGUCUGGGCACUGGCAAAGUACAUCAUGAAAAUCCACAACUUUACUAGCAAGUGUUUGCUUUGCAACCGCUAUCUGCCCAGCGAUACACUGCUUAACCACAUGCUAAUCCACGGGCUCACCUGUCCACAGUGCCACUCUGCUUUCCACAAUGUUGAGAAAAUCAUGGAUCAUGUAGCUCAUGCUCAUCCAGAUGACUUUGUUGGGCCUCCUGGUGCAUCACCUUUAACUUUUGACCUCACCAUUAAACAAGAUAAGUCAAGUAAUGUACAGCUUGUUGUUCUCACUUUUAACAUGAAGGAAUCUAUCAAUGGUCAAGAUCAGCCCGCACCUGCUCAUAAUAGUGUUCCACCUCAGGUCAAAGUCACCGCUCCCAGAAUGAUUGAGAGGAAGAGUGAACCACUUGCUGGUAGAAGUUUACCCUCAGUGACUAACAAGAGUGAGGUUGGAAAGACUCUGUGUCCACUGUGUUUCACAAUCCUCAAAGGUCCCAUCUCUGAUGCUUUGGCCAUGCAUUUGAGGGAGCGACACCAAGUGCUCCAGACAAUGCAUCCUGUUGAAAAAAAGAUGACAUACAAAUGCAUUCAUUGCUUGGGGGUUUAUACAAGUAACAUGGUGGCCUCCACAAUCACACUGCAUCUUGUGCAGUGCAGGGCUGUUGGUAGGACCCAAGCAAACCAAGGCUUCAAGUCUGCUUUGACACUCAACUCAUCUGGGGCCGGAUUCCUCAAGAGGCAGCCACCACCACAGGCCAUGUCAAAUGCCAAGAAGUUAAAACUGAGCAAGGAGUCAAAGAUUUCCUCCACAGCCAUUGGAAAUCAGUCACAAUCUGAUGACCUUGCUCUGGAUCCUAGAAGCUAUGAGCACAAGACAUAUGAAGCCAGGAAAAAUUUCCUGACGGCCUACUUCAACCGACGACCAUACCUUUCCCUUCAGGAAGAGGAGAAGCUGUCUGGAAGUCUGUGGCUGUGGAAAUCUGACAUUGCUAGUCACUUUGCAACCAAGCGAAGGAUGUGCGAGAGACAUUGUGAAACCACGCAGGUGUCUGUGCUGCUAGGCUUCGACAUGCAAGCUAUCAAGAGAGUUAAGCAUGACCUGAUAUUUGAGGAGAGCAAGGUUGAUGGCAACCCAGUGGGGAGAUCUGGAGGCCUCAAGUCUGGUACUCCAAGCACAGAACAAAACAGGCCUUGUGAGACACUGAACUGUACCUUAAAUCUCAGCAGGUGCACGGAGACCAUUUCCAUUGACUCAGACAGUGAACCAGAAACAGAGAAUAGACCUACUGAGAAUGGAAACCAACAUGAGAAUGUUAAAUCACAGGAGCCAGUAAACCUGACAGAAGAGUCAGAACCUGUUAACACGGACGAUUCCUGCAGAGAAUCUUCUUUGCAAGAUGGGAAAGAAAAUGCUUGGAUGACUUCCUGUUAGUGUCCCUGCUGAGCAGUGUGCCUUCAUGGAGUAACAGUUAAGUCAUAAAGUAGCGUGUACAAUUAAGAUGAAGACAAAACAGGUCAUCAGUUACAAAUCAAAUGUUUGGUCAGAUGGCAUGGGUCAUUUAUUCAGCUCCAGAUGUCACUAAUGUUGGGGAUAAAAGGAAAAUAAGUUAUCAUCAUAGUGCAGAAGUAUGUGACACUGUAUAUAUUUUAGUCAUUGUUCUCUGUUAGGUUAUUCAUACCUGUGUUAUUCACCUUUAACUGUCACAAAAUUUCUGAGAUGAGAUUAUGCCAACCUUCUUAUUUCCAUAGUUUUGUUUUCUCUACUGUGACAAACUAUCAUAUUGCCAUUUCACAUUUAGAAAGUGUAGGAUAUGCUAAUUGCUUAUGUACACGUUUUAAUAAAUAUGUUUGUUUAAUUAAAA